AUUUGAGCUGUUAUGUCGUUGAGUCCGAUAAGAUUGCAUACAUAUCGAUAUAUCGAUACAUUAUUAUUUUUUUGCCACAAUUGUCGCCGAGCUACAUAAUUGUUUAAUAAACAAUUAAUCACUAAUAUAAACAAAAUAGUGCAAAUAGUGCGUGCGAUAUUCUAAGUAAUUGUACAUUCUUUCCAUUGAUACGCUUCCCACUCGUCCACAUCUUGCGGGAAGACCAACAAUAACAAAAACAACAACGAAAACAAUAAUAACAACAAAAACAAGAGAGCCAAAGCCACAACGCAAAGGAGAUUGAGAUUCGCAACGCAAUCAAAAAAAAAUUCCAUAAAACGGAAUAUAACAUACGCUGCCUAAGUGUGUGUGUGUGUGUGUAGAGAGAAAGAGGAAGGGGGCCGCGCGUAUAGCCCAAAGGUGGUUAACAGCAGCAGUAGCAAGAGAAGCAGCAGCAACAAUAACAACAACACGACAAGCGAGACCUUGAAAACUUUAAAGAAAUAGCAACAAAAAAACUCAAAUUUUUAACGAAAAACGCAAACAGUGCCGAGCGCAGAGAGGCAACGGCAACGGCCGCAAAGUUAUGGAGAGUGACAAUUUUCCGCAACGCGCCAAUUAACAAUAAUAAUAAUAAAAGUAAUAAUAAUACAUCCUAAAGCACCAAAUGCAUGGAGAGCAGCGAAUUCGAAUUCGAAUUCGGAAGCCGUGAACACGUAAACGUAAACGUAAGAAUCAGAAUCAAAACAAGCUAACGAUUUACACCCAUAACAAUAGCAGCGCCCACACACACACACAUACACACAAAAAUUCAUAAACACUCACACACACGAUGGCAGCAGUAGUUGCAGCCACAGCGAAUGGCGGCAGCGGCUGCGUCGCAGUUAUGACAGCAGCCGCCGCCGCCGCCGCUGCCGUCACAGACAGUGAGACAAACGACGGAAGCGGCGCAUCGAAUGGACGAGAAGCGCGUAAUCUAGCCGAGAAACAACGGCGGGAUAAGCUUAAUGCCAGCAUACAGGAGCUGGCCACCAUGGUGCCGCAUGCAGCCGAAUCGACACGCCGAUUGGAUAAGACAGCCGUGCUACGCUUUGCCACGCACGGACUCCGGCUGCAAUACAUCUUUGGCAAAUCGGCAACGCGACGCCGACGCAGGCUGAAUGUAAAAGCAGCCGGCGGAGCUGGACCUGGCGCUAGUGUCGGAGGAGGCAAUGGCAACGCUAUCAGCGCUGGCGAUACACCGCAGCUAACGGAUACGCUGAUGCAGUUGCUCGACAGCUUCUUUCUGACGCUCACAUGCAACGGGCAGAUUGUGCUUGUGUCGGGCAGCGUGGAGCAGCUGCUCGGGCACUGCCAGUCGGAUUUGUAUGGCCAGAAUCUGCUGCAGAUAACCCAUCCUGAUGAUCAGGCGCUGUUGCGUCAACAGCUAAUACCGCGUGACAUCGAGACGCUCUUUUAUCAGCAGCGCCAAUGCCAACGGCAACGCCAACGCCAACAGCACACGCAGUCGCAGUCAGCCAGCGAUGAAGACGAUGAUGAUGAUGACGAUGAUGGCGGGGGCGGCGCCGGCGGCGGCGACGAUGACGAUGAAAUGGAACAGCUAGACCAGGACCUAGAGCGAACACGAACACGCACACCCAGCCCCCAAACAAUCGCCCAUAUGGCGGCCAUCGAUGAGCGUCUGCGCGCCGAUCGACGCUGCUUCACGAUUCGGAUCGCCCGCGCCUCGACCCGUGCUGAAGCCACGCGUCACUAUGAGAUGGUCAAAAUCGAUGGUUGCUUUCGUCGCAGCGACUCGUCGGUGACGGGUGGCGCGGCCGCCAACUAUCCAAUCGUAUCGCAGCUGAUAAGGCGCUCACGUAAUAAUAAUAUGCUAGUAGCCGCCGCCGCUGCCGCCGCAGCAGCAACAGCAACAAAUGCAACAGCAGCAGCAACGACAUUAGUAGCACCCUGCCUGCCGCAACACGAUGCCAUUGCGCAGGCAGCGCUGCAUGGGAUCAGUGGCAACGACAUCGUCCUGGUGGCCAUGGCGCGAGUGAUGCGCGAGGAUUCCACCUGCCUGAGCCUCAUGUGCCGCCAGCCGGAGCCGUAUCAGCUGGAAUACCGCACGCGGCAUCUCAUCGACGGCAGCAUCAUCGACUGUGAUCAGCGCAUUGGCAUCGUGGCGGGCUAUAUGAAGGAUGAGGUGCGGAACUUGAGCCCGUUCAGCUUUAUGCAUUUGGACGAUGUACGCUGGGUGAUUGUGGCAUUGAGGCAGAUGUAUGACUGCAACAGCGACUAUGGCGAGAGCUGCUAUCGGCUGCUGUCGCGGAACGGACACUUUAUAUACCUGCAGACGAAGGGCUUCCUGGAGAUCGACAAGAACAGCAACAAGGUGCACUCGUUUCUGUGCGUCAACACGCUGCUGGAUGAGCAGGCCGGCAAGCAGAAGGUGCAGGAGAUGAAGAACAAAUUCUCGACGAUCAUCAAGGCCAAUAUACCCACGCAUACCAGUCCCGAUCUGCCGGCGUCCAGAGCGCCACAGCAGCUGGAACGCAUUGUGCUCUAUUUGAUUGAAAACCUACAGAAGAGCGCAAAUGGCGGCACUGCCAAUGGCAGUGCAGAUACCAAUGGCAAUGGCCAUGCUGAUGUACACAUGGAUGCCAUGGAUGAUAUAUGCUGUAGCAGCAGCUCGCCCGCCUCCAGCCAUGCGACGGGCGCAUUCGAUGAGCAGGCGCCAUCGCCCGCACCGCUGGCACUUGUGCCGCCUGCGCCGGGUCAUGUCAAGCAUUCAAUAUCCAAGUCAGUGAAUGUGGUGAAUGUGACGUCGGCGCGGAAUCUGCAGUACCAGCAGCAGAAGCAGCAGCGGGAGCAGCAACUGGAGCUGAAACAGGAGCAGAAGCAGCAGGAGCGCAGCGCUGCGACUGGCGGCGUCAUACGCCAGCUAAGCAUUAGUCUGAGUGAGAGCUCCACGCUGUCGCCGGCUAGUGCCAGCAGCUUAGAGCUGCCGGAUGAUGCCAAUAGCAACACCUCCCCCCCGCCAGCAGCACGCGCCAGUGUGCUGCAGAGGCUAAUGACGACGACGACGCCGACGACGCCCAAAGUGGCGGCAGUUGAAGCUCCGUUGCCGCCGGCGCAGCUGCGAGCAGCGCUGUCCCAUACGCUGCGCAGCCUGGACACAAAGCUGACGACAAUAGGCGAGGAGGUGCAGCAGCAGAAACAGCAGCAACAACAGUGCAGCGCACUGCCGCCCAAAUACGAGCGGCAAAUGGAUGCCAUAUUGCUGGAGCACCAGAAGCAGAAGCAGCUGCUGGUCAACAUUAAAAGCGAGUACGAUGCGGUCCAUCAUCAGACGGUUUCAGUGAUAACCAAACAGACGACGGCGGCAACAACAACAGCAGCAGCAGCAGCAGCAGCGUCCAGUGAGAGCAACAGCAGCAGCAGGAGCAACAGCAGUCAAUAGUGGAGAUUGAAAUGUGGUGGCCAGUGCGCCGCAAUGGAUGAUUAGCUACAAUCUUUAAUUUAUUUAGUCUAAAUAGCUCAGUAUUCAGUGCACGGCUGAAGCUUUAGCUAUCCCCUUCCUUAACCCUCUAGCACGCUCCCAACACUGCAGCAUCCAGAUCCCAUUUAAAGACCCAGUGCGAUCAGAGUACAAAAUCAUAUAUAUUGUUUUAAGCAAAAUUUACUCACUAACUAUUAACAUGUUUUUUAACAAAAAACUGAAAAACUGAAAACCGAAAACUGAAAAACAAAAACAAACAAAGCUAAAUUAGCACAGCAAAAGGCAAAUAGCGAUGAGUACAGAGGCUUAAAGAAGAGCAGAGAGCAGCGAGAUUUUAGCUAUAUUGUAUAAUGUUAUAACUGAACAAUAAUCAACAAGAAAACAACAAAAACAACAAUAACCAAAACUAUCGAAACAACAAUUCAAUUGCGAAUGCCUCAUUAAUUAAUACUCAAUUAUAUAAUACAAUAGUUGUUAUUCAAUUACAAAUCCGUCAGGCGGCACUGGAGUUUUUCUCCGCUGAGCACUGAGCUAUAGGGCGCGCGCACACACACACACAGAGUUUAUUUUUGCGAGGUUAGUCUGAAACGUUGCGGAGGAUAGAAAUUUAUUUAUUUAUAUAUAGUUUUUGGAUAUUUUGAAGACCAUUAUCGCUGUAUGUAUGUAUCUACGUAUACGUUAAUUUAAUACGGCUUGUGUA